AUGAAGCGCACAUCGAUAGUCGUCGUCGACAAUGGUGCGUGCACCAUCAAAGCUGGCCUGGCCAGGCUUGUGCAGGAUCCCAGGGUAAUCCCCAACGCCGUCAUCCGUUCCAAGGGAGACAAGACAACCUACUUUGGUCACGAGUUCUACAAAUGUCGCGACCACUCAUCUCUGCACUAUCGCUUGCCUUUUGAGAAGGGUUAUUUGGUCGACUGGGACGCCCAAAAGGCCAUCUGGGACGGGAUGUUCUCAGAGGACGUACUCGCCAUUGAUACUUCUGAGUCAUCUCUAUUGAUCACAGAGCCGUACUUCAAUCUUCCGAAUAUACAAGAGGUCUAUGACCAGUUUGUGUUCGAAGAGUACGAUUUUCAGUCUUACUAUCGCUGCACACCGGCUUCUCUUGUACCUCGUGGUCGGCUUUUUUCGAGCGUGCCGCACCCUGAAUGCGUGCUCAUCGUGGACUCUGGAUUCAGUUUCACACACAUAGUUCCUAUCAUGGACGGCGCCGUGCUCUGGUAUGCGGUGAAACGGAUAGAUGUCGGAGGUAAGCUCCUGACGAACCAGCUCAAAGAGCUCGCGUCGUUCCGGCAAUGGAACAUGAUGGACGAGACAUACAUAGUGAAUGAGGUCAAAGAGACCUGCUGCUACGUCUCGAACCAAUUUUCGGCCGAUCUCGAGAUUUGUCGGACGAACCCGAAACAUAACCCCAUCCUUCAGGAGUAUGUUCUACCAGACUUUUCUACCAAUAGACGCGGUCAUGUAAGGAAGCCAGAUGAGAUGGCUUCGGAGACGGAUCAAGUGCUAUAUAUGGGCAACGAGAGAUUCUCAGUCCCUGAGAUCCUUUUUCGUCCUGACGAUAUAGGCAUGGGACAAUCUGGCGUCGCGAUGACUAUAGCACACUCUAUUGCGCUGCUACCCGAGGAUCUUCAAGGCAUGUUCUGGGCUAAUAUUGGCUUAAUAGGCGGGAACGCAAAGUUCCCAGGUUUUGCUCCAAGGCUCCUUUCCGAGCUGCGGUCUCUAGCUCCAGUGGACUGUGAAGUCGUCAUCUAUGAAUCGGAAAAUCCAAUCUUGGAAGCUUAUCGCUCCGCGAUGGCUUUCGCAAAUCAACCGGCUUACUCCGAUCGUAUAGUGACGAAGGCAGAAUAUCAAGAAGGCGGCAGCAAUGCCUGUCGGCGGAAAUUCAGAGACUGGAAGAAUGCGGGGAAGGAGAAAGACGGGUUAAAAAAUACCGGGAAGGGUAAAGAGCGGAUACGAGCUGAGGCGGAGAAUCCGGCGCCUUCCCAGACGUCCAAAGCUGUGAGGACGAGAACGAGAACGGUGUCGACUGCCAAGCGUCGGUGA